AUGGAUGUUUCAUCAACUUUCUAUGCAAGGGCUGUGAACUCCACAGUAAACUUAAACUGGGCGUUUCUAAUAUAUUGGAUAGUGGCCUUGCUUUCCGCAACAUUAUUUGCAUUCUACUUCAACCGUAUUGUUGGCAUCGUCAUAUCAUUUUUAUUAAGACCUAUACUAUGGAGGAAAUACCGAAUACGAGUACAAGUUCAAUCUUUAAAGGUUUCAUUUCUUGGUGGCCGUAUUUUUUUCAAGAACUUGAUUAUUAUCACCAGGAAUCAGAUGUAUUUAAUGCAUCAGGGUACUUUUACAUGGAGAUACUGGCUUCUUCAUACAAGGAAGACCAAACUUCUAUUAGAGCAGCAGCAUCAGAAGAGUGCGAUAAACGCCGGACUAUCGGCUCGUAACUUUUUAUCUGUAAUGGGAUUGGAAGUGUUUCUUUACAAUAGGACAGGUGCCUAUGACAUAAUAACGGAAAAAUUAAAGGAGGACAAAACGAAUGAAUCCAAUCAUGAAUAUUCGGAAUACUCAGAAGCAAACCAGAGGCCUGGAAAUUCAAAUUCGUUAUCUGGUUCUUUAGACUCUAUUUUGACCGAUGACAAUAUUUCAAAUGCUCACUCCACACAAUCGUACCAUAAUGUAAAAUCUUCAAAUCUAGACGAGGCAUCUUUAUACAGGGUGAAAACUGCUAUAGAGCAGGAGGAAAUAGUUGACUCCACCUUUUUAGACAUUCUUCCUUUGGACGUUGAGGUUGAAAAGGGAUCUGUGAUUAUUGGAAACGAGACCACACCAUCAUUACUUGUUGCGCUUUGCUCGACUAUGAAGGGAACAAUUGAUGCUUCUGAGCCCGCAUCAAAUCUUGAUUAUUACCGCUCAAAUUUUGAUGUGGACUGUUCGGAUUUCAAGAUUGAUUUAAGACCAAACGUGACGUUUAAAAGCAUUGAAAAGCUAGAUGAUGAAAUAAAUAGAUUUGUUGUGCGGAAUACGGAACAUAAAUUUUCGUUAUGGAAGUUCUUCUCAGGUAUAGCAGACAGAAUUGUAUAUGUUCUAUUCUGUAUUGGCAGUGUCGCAUUCUUUUGCCUGCCAUUAGGAAGCAAAAAGUCUCAUCAGAACCCAGCUACCGAUUUUAGUGAGGAAAGUACCGCGUUUGGUUCUGCCAGUAAAGAGAAAGAUGAUGACAAAUGGUACGGCUUGGCCAGAUAUUUGACAGAAAAGAGCGAUGCAGAUUUGACCUCAUCAACUAGGAUAGCUGGUGAGGAUACAAGCACAAAGCAGAACAACGAUAAAUUGAACCAACAGUAUUUUGGUGAGUAUGCGAGAUGCACAAACAUAUUUGAAAGCACGAGGACGAAAAUUAAAUAUUAUUACGAUUCUCCAGGGCUUGUUCCACCCGUUCAGAUAACAUCAAAUCCAGUCACUGGACCUAAUAUUGGUAACGGUUGUGACGCACCACAGACAGGCUUGGAUAUCAGUAUAUUUGGAGCAAGUAUGCAUUAUGGUCCUUGGGCUGAUAAACAAAGGGGACCAAUUCAGAAGUUGAUUUUUCCCCAGAUAUGCAGGGACAGCGAGCCAUUUAAGAAACUCUGUACUGGAAUGAGGAGGCAGUAUACGGAUUUUGUGAUCAACGUAGAGUUUGAAGAUGAAGCUACAUUACAGAUACCACAUAGAGAACCAAGUAAAGAUGAAGUAUAUCAAAAGGAAACAGCUGCAACAGCAAAUGUUCGUCCAUUUGGAUGGAUCGAACUUAAAUUUUUGAAGGAUACAUCCAUCUGGAUAUCGACAUCAUACAUUCCUGAGGAGGAAGCUGGGUAUGAUAAUCACCUUAAAAUCAGUCUAAACGAUGUUGAAAUAUCGACAAGCGUCAACCAUGAUAUAUUGUUCAAAGCCGCAAAGCAUUUCGUUGAUGCCUCCAUAGGAUAUCCGUUGGAAUGGAAUGGUGAGGCAAUAUGGACUUUUGAUAUGAGAUCGACAGCUGCUGAACUUUACAUUCUUCGGGAACACUUUUCUCUUCUUGCCGAUUUGUUCACUGACUUCAGCUCUGGUGAUCCUAUACCUUAUGAAGUUUUCAGACCAUUUGUUUAUCGCAUCAAUUGGACCGUCGAUGAUUAUAAGUUGUUCUUCAAUAUCAACGAGAGAAACGUGAUAGAUAAUCCUCUUGAUCAUUCAAAUAAUACUUACUUCGCAACCAGUGGAGAAGAACUUCUUCUUAAGAUUGAUAUCCCAUUGGAAACUGUGUAUAGAAAAUCCACAGAGGUUUCCUACGAGCUUUCGACAAAUUACUUUGUGCUUUCGUUAGAACCACCUCCUUGGAACACAAUUGCAAACUUCAUGGAUACUCCUAUGAUUGGCAAGUCGUUUAACUUCAAGCUAACCGGCUCUUACAUGUAUUACUCAAACAUAGAGGUAGAUGCUAUCGAUACAAUAAUUGUGAACUGUAUAUGCGAGGACACAACAUUAGAAUGUUAUGGAUUUGUUAUCAAGUAUUUCUUGUUCCUAAAGGAGAAUUACUUCGGUGAUGAUAUAAAAUUCAGAACCAUGGCCGAAUUUACAAGUGAAGUUAUAAAGAAUAGAGGCAACCCAUUGCACCUUCGGGAAAAGCAACCGGAAAAGACACGAAUGAAAAAUGAUCGUGACUUUUUCUUCUCAUUUUGCGUUAGGAACGGUUGUGCGAUUUUACCGGUUCAUCUAUAUGACUGUGGAUCUAUGAUUGCCGGCCACUUCAAAAAGUUGGAUAUUGAUAUUCGGAUUAAUGACUACUACAUGGAUAUUCAGGCCAACGUUCCUCAUGCUUUCAUUGAAUACGUUGAUAUGGUAGGCCAUACCAAUAUAUUUGACAAUAUCAAACUUAAGAAGCCAAUAAAGCAUGACCUAGAACUCGAUCGAUUGGCGAUACAUGGACAUCGGAUGUUUGGUCUUCCACCGGAAAAUUUCUCAUAUUUUUGUAGAUGGACAUUCGAUUUAGGUCCAAUUGUUAUUGACUCUGGGAUUCAAUUUAUGACAGCUUUAGUACAGUCUUUGGUUUGUGCUGGAUUUGGCUACACUGAUGUGGAGAAUUCCUUACAAAUGCCCGAGCAAGAGAUUAUGAAUAUCAUGAAUUUAAGUUUUACCGCACCUUCCGUCAAAAUAAAACUUCAGGAAUCAGAUUAUGCCUUUAACAUUAAUCUUACUCCAGUUAAUCUUACCUUAUCUGAUCAGAUGGUGGACAAAUUUAGUGAUAGGAUGGACGUGGAUAUACGUAAUAUCACCAUUAAUUGCUAUCACAAUGCCGAAAGAAUUUUCAAUCUUAAGACAUCUUUGAAGUUGACCAAUUUUGGAAAAAAGCGACAAGCAACGGAAAGACGGGAAGCUCAAAUAGAACAUGUUCAUGCAAAUGAUGGUCCUUUUCAUAGAUGUCCAUUUCUUCUUCCCGAAAGUUAUCGAAAUAGGCAGUAUAGAAAGGCUUAUAUGAAUAUCAUUCCUAGCAUUGAUCUUCCAGACGCACCAGAGCCAUAUUUGGAGAGCACCAUAGACAAUAUUGUUCGUGAAUAUCCACAAAAACUUAGGAAUAAAUUGGCCGAUAGCUAUGGUAAUAAGGAUGAUGAUUCUUUUGGCCAUCAUGCGAUUCCGAGUAUUAAUUUAGAAAGUGAUCAAAAUUCAGAUGAACUUUGCAAAUAUGAAGAUUUCAUAAUUAAAUUAGGAAGGGUGGAUGCAGCUUUUAAGUUGCAAUUGCUUGAUGCUCUAUGCAGCAUACUUUCCAACUCUUUAAACCUCAGCAUUUAUAGGGUGACCGAUUCAAUCCAGGUUGACGUGUUUAUGUACUUACAAAAGACUCGGUUACCUUUUUCCAUGAAAGUUGCAUUAGUUUGUCCCUACAUUUCUUUGUGCAUGGAAGACAGUGGCAAUUUCAAAUUUGAUAUACAAAAUAUAUUCUUGAGGUUUUCGCAAUACUCAGAGUCAGAUGAUUCAGAAUCCGAAAAGAUAAUAAAUCUCGAUUUUAGAUCAGGUGGUAUGCGUCUUAAAGGGAUUAAGGAACAAUCCAAAGAAUCAUUACAUGCGAGUGUGUCAAAUGUUGGUGUACAAAUGACCAGUUCAAAAUCGUCUACAAUUUUAAAUCCCCAUAUCGGUGAUUUCAAAUUGUUAUUAUCACCUGAAGACAUUGUGUGGGUGCUAACUGAAGUUGAUAAGUUACUACAAGGGGUUUCAGGACUCAGGAAUGUUAUGAAAGAAAACGAAGAGAGUAAAGAAAGCGCUGUAAUGGAAUUUGUUUAUCAAGUUUCGAUGGCCGGUGUGAAAUAUAAAAUUGUUCACGAUCCUCCUUGUAUCACGAAACCAUCUUACAUUACAAGAUUUUCUAAUAAACACACUAGGCUUCACAAUAGUUGGAGAAUUAUGACCAGACUUAGACACGUCAUGAAAAAUCUUCCUGAAUCAUGGCAUCGCAAAGCCAAUGCCCUAUUUAAAGCCAAAGAUUGGGAGGUUCCUUCUGGUGGUCCAGAUGAUGUGUUUAGAAUUUUCCUUAAUUGGAGACAGUGGGAAUCUCAGAAUAUCCAGGACAGUUAUAUUUUAAAGCACGCAUUUCUUCUUGAUAAGGUGAGAAAGAUUUCAAAAAAGAUGUCACUGAUUGGAAUUCUAGAGCGUUUUGAUUUUAUGUUAUAUACCGUAAAGGGUCGAUUUUCUAUUGAUGAUAUUCGGAUUAGCGUUAAGGAUGGGGAGAAGGCCGAUGCGUUAAAAGAAAAUAUUAGCGAACUAAUCUCUGGAAAUGUUGAUUCUUGCCGGGACGUUAAUAUUGAGAUACACUCAGCGAAUGCAAAACUAAGAGAAAUUAUUCAUUCUGCACAGUUGUUUGUCUCCACAGGUGCUGACUUGAUAGACUACUUGCAAAAUGUCAAGAAGAAAAAGGACACGGCCAAUACCAGUAAAGUCACACAUUCAAGUGAAACGAGAACAAUUUUAACUACAGUUAGGAUGUCUGUCAAUGAAUUUAGCCUUGAAUCUGUUUUAAAUGAAACUGCUUUUACGGUAAGAGGAAAUAAAAUCAUAGUGACUGCUUUGGCUAUAAAAGGAGAUCAAUUGGAAGCUCUUACUAUGCAUCAUAGUAUUGAUACUUUAGAGGGCGCCUUACUAAGUGGUAACAGUCAAAUAGUGAAAGCUAAUUGCAAAUCACACAAUGCUACAUUUUCCAUUAUUGGUGAUGUGAUAUCCGGCACAAGAACAUUAAGCAUAAGCAAUGGUGAUAUUUCUGUCUUGUGCCUUCCAGGUACGGAAAGAUUGAUAAGUGCUAUAGAUAACUUCAUGAAAACAGAAUAUCCAGUUAUUGAAUCAUUUUGGAAGCUCAUAGCAAGGAAGAAGCAAACUGUGAGAUCAAAAGAGCGCUAUAAUAUACCAUUAAAGGGAUCUUUUGCAGUUUCAAUUCAUUAUGACAAACUUACAUUAAAAUUUCGCCUACUUUCAUUACUAGAGUAUGCUGUUACAAUUAGUGACAUUCAACUUGAUGCAUCGGCCAAAGAGAAGAAGCUGGUGAAUACAUUUAGCAUAUAUCGUAUCUUGUCGUCACUCACAUCUAGGAGAAAAGAAGGAGACUACCAAUAUCUAUAUUGCUUUUUGGAUAAGACUACUGGUAUUUUAUCAGUACGUCCAAGAAAUGAGGAGGAGUACGAUGCAUUUUGCAAGAUGUCUGUUGGCAAUGGACGUGUUCAAAUGUCGCAGGCCGAUUUACUGGAUAUUAUAGAGCAAGCUCGCUGGGAUUUAAGAAUAGCCAAAUGCGAUGUGGAAAGGAUUAUUAGCAAAUUUCAGCAACUAUCUGCUCGGAUACGGCCGACUUCAACAGAGCCAGCUAUAAGUACGCCUCAGAAUAUGGGAUCCCAACGUAAGCAGUCCAAAUUCCCAAAGAUUAUGAAAAAAAUUCAUAUUUUGUUUUCACUUGGCUGUAACGCAAUGGGAAUUAUGCUUAGAGCAAAUGGAAAUCAAUUCGGCAUUGAUUCAUCAAAUGUCCUUUUACUUGUUAAUGCUAUGGAUUGUGGUGUACCAGGUGUUAAACCGUGCGGAACUCUAAAAAUGCCUUCUAGCAGAAUUUCUAUUUCUUCGGAUAAAUCUGGAAAUCAAAGAUAUUUGGUGUUCCAUUCUCAUUUAUCUAUUGAUGUAAUUAACCUUCCUCUGUCGAUUGGUAAGUUACAACGUUUAGUUGUGUCUAGUGACUUCUUUAGAAUUGCUCUCACUCCAGUCAUAUCAAAGCGGAUGAUAGACACAUUUAAAAAGGUUCUCUCACUAUUCCAGACCAAACAAAUUAUUCCAGUUCAGCCCAUCGCUGAGAAAAGUGACAAGUUUGAUUUGCCGGUUCUUCGAACCAUUUUAAGUUUCUUUGCAAUUAAAAUUAAGGCACAAAAUCUUUGUAUAGGCUGGCUUUUUGAUAGUGAUGAUGGUUACUAUACAUUUGAUUAUUCACAACCGGGUGUGAUCAUUGGAUUUGAAAGCUCAGAGAUCAUCUGUGCAAAAGGUGCUGGAAAAAUGUCUGCAUCCGGUCUGUAUGUAUCAUUUGCGCAUGGUAGAAAGCCAUCGGACUUCUAUCCAAUGAAAUCUGAAAGAGACAGCAAGAAUCGUGUUUUCUUUCCCAUGUUUAAUUUGGUUUAUGGAAUUGCCGACGAGGGUGAUAAUAAGUGCUUGCAAAUUAAAGUUGAUGGUGAUGUUGUGGACUUUAGUUUACAGACAACGGUAUUUUUAGUUGCGAAACCCCUUGGAAGAUCGAUAUCACAACUUCAAAGGGAAUUUAAGGAGGUGCGACGUCGCCUCUCCUUCAGUUCAAAUGGUGAAACAAAAAUCGACAGAAAUGAAUCGAUUCAGAAGGUGACUAAAGGGUUAUUUGGAAUCAGCAAUUUGAACUGCGUUCUUAAAUUUAAUGGAGCUAAAUUCUCUAUUGUUGAUCCAAAUCUCAAAAUUGGUAAUGAGAUACCAAAGUUUAGUGUUCAAGCACCAGGAUUGUCGACAAUGCUGGAGUGGAAAAGGAAAUUGACGCCAACAGAUAGACACCAAGUGUUUGUAUCAGUUGAUAUUUCGCAUACAGAUAACCAACUUACGUAUACAUGCGUUCCAAUAUUGACUAGCAUUGUUGAUUCCUGCCGAGACUUCAUGAGAACUGAUGCAAGGCAGAUUAACUUGAGACCGAAUAAUGACAAUAUCUCCGGCUCGUUAUCCCAAUGGCAUAAAAUACUGAAAAGCAUUCAGUUUGAAUUCACUCUCAAAAUUGAGCCCCAGAGACUAAUUUUGACUUGUAAUCCAAGAGCUAACGUUGCCGCUGAAAUCUCCACGAAUGAAAUUCAUUCAGUUAUAAGUAGUGAUAAGACUUACUCCGGAUUGAUAUUCAUUGAGAACCUUAGCGCUGAAAUUAGGCAUGCAUACUCCAAGGAGGCUAGUACCAAGCUCUUCUUCAGGGGAAUUACUUUGAACAUGUCUCUUGAUGUUGAAGAAGGGAAAAGAAACUUCUUUCCUGUGUUGUGUGUCAAUAAAAUAUCAGCAUUAGUUAACAUGCAGCAAAGACAAGAUUUGGACGUGUUUAGGGAUCUUUGGAUUCCUGGUACCUACUAUCGGGCAGAUAGCGGACGACAAAAGCAUGACGCUUCUACAGAAAGCAGGAAAAAGUUUGCAGAAAUGCUCCGUGAAGUUUCAUCCACUUCGGCAUUCCCAUGGAUGUUGGUCUUUGUUGCGAAAAAGAUUGAGCUAGAACUCAGAUUUGGGACAUCAUUAGGUACUUUCAAGGGUCAUAUUGAGGACACUUGGGCAGUAUCGAAGAAGGAAAUGAAUUGGGAUCAGAAUGCGCGUGCGGAGUUGGGAAAGAUCUAUCUUGAAUCUAAAGGUAGGCUUGGUGGUAAACUGACGAUAAAUCAGUUAAGAGCUGCGUCUGUAAUAUCUUGGAAGAAAGAUGGCAUUGCUUUGGAUGUUCCUUUAGUUAUGACUUCGAUUGGCAUUUCAACAAUAGAAGCAGGGGUGUCUUUGGAUUAUCAUCCAUUUCUUGUUGUUGAAAUUGGGGAUUUGAAAUUGGGUGUGCUGAACAGACACACGAACAAUGCUUCGGAUACGUUAGCCGCCAGUGCUUCCGCAGGAAAUUUGAAGAUAUUUACAACUGCUUUGGCUGCUUCCAGCUUGGUUGAUAUAUAUACCAUUGGAUUAAGAAUCCGUCAGGAGAUUCAUAUUUCGUAUCAUCAGGUAUUGAACGAUGAUGAUGAUAUGACAGAUUUAGGAUCUAGGGUGAGGUUGUCUAAAAAGAGGAAAACGAUUUCUGAAGCAUUUCUUGGUGUUAUCCAACAGCUUCGUACUGAACUUGAUUUGAAUGUUGGAACUACCGUUAUUCAAGUUUGCCCAAGUAGCUUGACAGAUACUCAAGCAUUAGUUGUGCAUCUCGGAUAUACCGAAGUCAAGUUUUCUCAAGAUAGUAUUGAAGGUCUCAAGAAUCUUUUGGUGCUCAGAUUGAAGAAUAGUGUUAUAUCUCUUUCAACAUACAAGCAUAAAAUGAAGGAAGAUAUUUUUGACCAAGAUCUUCACCAUUACAUUGAUCUUGCCGGCAAAACUUCUGGGGGAAACAUUAUUUCUUUGCCUUCAUUGGAAAUCAUAGAGCACACAAUGGAGUCGUUCGAAAACAACUUGGUGCAGUACACGUACAAUCUUGCGUUUGGAAAUAAGAUUGAUGUCAGGUGGAAUUUAGGCUCUGUCUAUUUCAUUAGACAGAUGUGGUAUACGCAUGCUAAUGCUUUAAAGACUCGACUACAGGCCCUAAGAAUUUUGGAAUAUGAUGAAAUGGGAGACAAUGUUGAGGAUAACUAUAAGGAAUCUUUACUAGAAACGGUGAAUAUUGAGGAUCGUCUAAAGGAUGUGGAGCGGGAUAAGAAGUAUGAAUAUUUGGCAACAGAAGCACCACACAUCGAGACUCCACAGUUAAGAGACUUGGGUAAUGCUACUCCUCCACUAGAAUGGUUUGGUCUACAUAGGGACAAGUUCCCAAAACUUACCCAUCAAAUGAUUAUUGUUAAUCUUCAGAAAAUGAUUGUGAAGGCGGAGAAUCAGUACUCAAAAAUAUUGCACUGA